GGAAGUUGGCAAUAACCUUUCCGCAAAAGGUGUUUGUAAAUAUUGAGUCUUUUCGAUAAAGAUUGAAUAUUCGUGUAUUAUAAACAUGACUAACGAUUAAACGUCUGAACUAUUUUGACGUUGGUUUAACGUAGUUAACUUUUGGUACAUUUCAGUGUGUGAAUCGUAUCCCAACCAAUAUUCAGUCCACUUAGGUUAUGUGGAACAACGUCAGUUUAUUGUACAUGUGCUUAAUGUCUUGUGCUGUUUAGUUUAUUCCAAACUUUCUCAAUUUCAGUAAACAGUUACUCGGUAUCUUUUUCUUCUAUUGAUAUGAAUAUUUGUGGUCAAGGAAGUCGUUUUACAAGUGCUAGGAGAACGUUUUCCCUCCUUCCAUUGGUAUAUAUACACAGCGUGGGAGCGAAUAAUACGUUCGUAGGGUUAAGUAAUUUCGAACAUGUCCGUGUGUUUGCAGGUCAGAUAUUAUACACCCAGGCGAGCGGUUCUUUACGCCCCUGGAGAUGACUCCAAAAAAUUGCAUAAAGCUCUGUCACUCAAUGUGGACUGUGUUGCAAUGGACUGCGAGGAUGGGGUAGCUGUUAAUCGGAAGGAUGCAGCUCGUACAACUAUAACCAAAUUAUUAGCAAAAGGCCCAGUGUCAACUCAAACUCCAGAAUGGAGUGUUCGGGUAAAUUCUGUUGAUAGUGGGCUUUGCGCUGAUGACAUAUCUAGUAUAUUUUCUGGAUCUGUUGUUCCACCAACUGUAUUACUGCCUAAGGUUGAUGUGUCAGAACAUUUGGUUUGGUUUGCCAACAAAUUGUCCACACAUUUAAAAGGGAAAAAUUCAGACAAGAAAAUUAACCUAAUUAUCUACAUUGAAUCUGCAAAAGCUAUUCUGAAUUUGCCAGCCAUAUGUCGUACAGCCAAAGAACUUUCUGCAUCGAAACCCGUUGAGCCAGUAGCUCUAGUCUUUGGCAGUGAUGACUUGUGUGCAAGCAUAGGUGUGACACGAUCAGAAGAUGCUACAGAAGUUAUGUAUGCAAGGCAAAAACUUGUGCUUGUUGCCAAAGCAUUUCAUCUGCAAGCCAUAGACAUGGUGCAUAUUAACUUCAAAGAUUUGGAAAGUCUCAAGAAACAAUGCCAACUAGGGGCAAGCCUUGGGUACACUGGCAAACAAAUUAUUCAUCCUAGUCAAGUACAAAUUGUGCAAGAACUUUUUCUUCCCUCUGAAAAGCAAGUGAUUUGGGCACAAGGACUUGUUGCAGCAUUUCAGGAACAUCAGGCAGCAGGCAAGGGAGCUUUUGUUUAUCAAGGUCAUAUGAUUGAUAUGCCUCUACUUCGCCAAGCACAGAAUAUUUUGCAGAUGUCAGCUGCUGCCAAAAGUUCUGGUCACGACUCAACAAAAUAUUAACUUUUCACUGAGCAAUCUCAAUUAAUGUAUACAUUGAUACUUAGUAUUGCAAUAAAUGUUUUCUUAUUUUGACAAUGUGCAUAUGAACAUUUUUUUAAACAGUGGUACCAAAUUACCAUGUGGAAGACCAAGCUCUUGAACCACUCAUCUAAUAUAGUUGGAACAAGAUUUUACAAUAAGCGCUAUAAUAGUAUCUUUCAACAUCAGAACUACAUUUGUACUCCAUUUAACGAACAAAUCUGAAGUUUAGUACAUCCCACGUUAACAAGAUCAAGCCAUCUGGUCUUACAUGAUCUACCAGAGAAACAUCAAAAAUAUAUAUGCCAUAUUAAUAAAAAGUACAAGUGUUUAAAUAGACUCGUGGAUGGACACAUUACAAUAUAAUGCACAUUUAAUAAUUGACACCAUGCAGGGAAAGACAGUGCUCCUCAGUUCAAUAUAAAAAAAAUAGGCUAUUAAUAUAUUACCUCAAUGUCAGAACAGAUUUUAAUACUUGAGAACUGGUAUUUGGUCCUGAUGAUAAAGAAAUAUACUAAUUAGAAAUAACAAUUAAGUACAUUGAUCAUUCAUUCAGAACAUUUUUACACUUGCAAUCACUCCCCUCUCCCCCAAUUCAAUUUGACCACAAUUUAUGUUACAGUAAAAAAAUAAUGAUUUCUAAUUAACUAACAACAAUAAUAUUAAUGUCAUUUUUACAUACUUCCUUCUCAGACACAUUCCUUCAUAUAUACAUAUGCUCAAAUCUUAUCACGUUUCAGGAGUAAA